GAACUUUUACAGUUGAUAUUUCAAACACAAAAAAGCUUCUAGAGGGAGAAAGAGGCGAGAUCAUCCGCCAAAAAGGCAUAACUGUGGUGAGCGAGUCUGGAUUAUUUACACCUCAAGAUAUUACGUUUGUUCAAGAUGCAGGCGCCCAUGCGGUUUUGGUGGGGGAAUCCCUAAUAAAAAAGGAAGACCCUGGAAUGGCGAUAGAGGAGGUUUUUGGGAUAGAUGUUUCUCUCAAUUCUUACUUGUAAGAUUUCUAUGGAUGCCAAUCAGAGCGUUGGUGAGAGCUUUGGAUUCUAAUGCCAAGGUUUUGAGUUUAUAAAUAAGUCCCGGCCAUACAAACUUGACGGGAAAAGCAUUUCUUACUACUAAUUAUUUGUUUUGCCAAUCAUGCUUUAUUUUCAUCCUUAAUUAAAUUUGCGCUCAUGGGAAA